AUGGUCGCUUUGAAUAAGCUUGGUUCUCGCAACUUGCCCAGCCAUCUGCAUUUCCCACCGCUGGCCCAGCCUCCGAGUUUCCUAUUCACCACCACCACACAGCAAACCUGGUUCCUGGCAAAAGAGCCCAUUUCUUACGACCGUCACGACCGCAACGACCCAUCAUCAACUACAGAACCCCAGCGCCAGCAGCGCCCAUCUUCGCUACUACAGACGCCUCCACCCCGAGUGCUCACGAUAACUCCUGAACACAGAUCUCAGACUCCCUCCUCGCAGCACCGCCUACGGCGCACUCCUCGCCUUCCUGCCACACCCAGCCCAGAGCCAGCUAGACCGGAACCUCGGCAGCCCAGACCAACUCCUGCAGCAGACCAUCCCCAGCCUGUCGUCACUCUUGGUGACAGAAACCAAAACGUCCAAGCUCAUACUCAGGAGAAGGGCAAAACAGUUGCUCGGCCUCGCUUGCCCCCUCGGCAACUCUCUCAAGACUUGAGUAGUGAAGACAACGAAGAGGAAGACUCGCCCAUCUCUCUGCGGCAGAAGAACGUGCUCGACCUUCCAGAUCCCGAAUCAAUUUUUCGAAUCUCCAAGCGUACUCACCGUGCUGUUCUGUACACUCUUGAGGAGCUCCUGCGCGGACCCUUCAAGCUCACGCCUGACAUUGUAGAGGAAUCAGCCUCAAUGGCCGAUCUGCUUGGCGGUAAUAUCUCCACUUCUAACGGCAACGUACCCUCCUCGUCCAGGAUGCCUGCUGCUCGAGCGCCCGCUGGGUCACCAUCGUCCGGGAUUAGAGGACCUCGGAUGAUUAUGCAGGAGCGAGCUGCGCGAGAGGCCAGGCAAAGAGAAGAACGCGAACGACUAGAACGUGAGCAUGCUGCCGAGGAGGCACGGUUGGUUGAAGAGGCAACUCAAAGAGAAGCGGAGCGUAGAGAAAUUGAGCGAAGAGCUGCUGCUGGCGCUGGAGCCGAGGCGCGCCAACCCGUACCCGUCGGAGAUGCUACCCACAGAAGAACGGCUAGGGCUGGUAGUCGCUCGGGCCCCGAUCCCAGCGCGCUCUACCCGGACGCGUCGAGGCCCGCCGGUAAUGUAGCGCCUCAACCGUCCCAGCGCCAAACGGAGACGCUUCAUGGACAGCCUCCGGCCGCAGACGAGGCCGCAGGUGCACUCCCACAGCCACAGCUACAGCCUGGGCAGACUUCAGAGCAGCUUGGAGCAGCUGGCCGAGGUAGAAACUCGUUUCCGUCUGCAUUCGAGCGCUGGGAAACUUUGUCUGCACACUGGGAGGGACUCUUGAGCUUUUGGCUUCGCAAGCUAAAGCAAAACGCGGAUGAGAUCAACAACGAUCCCGUGUCAAAACACCUUGCCCGUAAUGUGGAAGACCUUUCUUCUGCAGGUGCCAAUUUGUUCCAUGCCGUGGUCGAACUGCAGCGUCUUCGAGCAUCCUCUGAACGUAAAUUUCAGCGCUGGUUCUUCGAUACGCGCACUGAAAUCGAACGUCAUCAGGAGGUCACCGCAAUGCUAGAAGCUGCCCUGGAGAAAGAGCGUCUUAGUAGAGCAGACGCUAUUCGCGAGGCGCUUGAGCAUGAGAGAGGUAACUCUCGAACUCAGAAACAGAUCAGUGAGCUACGCAAGGAGCUCCAAAUUUCCAAAGAGGAGGCUCGCCGUGCCUGGGAUGAGCUCGGCAGACGAGAGCAGGAGGAGCGAGAUCGGACUGCAUCUCUCCAGCAAGGACACCCAACCAUUGUCGGCGGUGUGCAAGUAGUACCCAUGACGCAAGGCGUGAGCCGACACAGUAGUCGGCGAGAUCAGCAAGCCUAUGGUUCGGGCGAACCCGAGUACAGCCAAACCUCGAGUUCACGCCCCGAGUAUGGCGAGGCUCCGGCAGUUCAACCCGUCGUGACGUCGUCGCCAGCUCCUGGGCCUUCUUAUCAACCCUCUGCGACGGUUCAUCACCAAGGUAGCUACGGGUCCGAGGGAACCUACAGCGAAAGUGAGUAUACCAUGGACGCCCAUGGUAAUUUUGUCAGGGACUCUCGGAGAGACAGAAUGCCAUUUCAUGCCCCUGCAUUGGACAGUGAUUCUGACGCUGGUAUAGAUGAGUUUGAAACACCGGGCUUGCCACCUGCUACGCAGCCGCCUUCGUCGACUGGGGCUGAACCGCAGUACAGUCAAGUCCCUGACUAUUCUAGUGGAGGCUACAACUCUCCUAGCUGGGAGGCUGGAGCUCGCCAUCACCACCCUACUCGACUUAGUGAUGUACUCGAGGAGGAAGAGGAACGCAGUCGGACGAGCGCAAGCCAAAGCCAAGUAAGCCGUGGCUGA